GUAGGUCCUUGUGGCAUUUACUACAGUGACCAUAGAAAGGAGUUCAAAUUCGGUGUAGGAUUCAUGGUGGGAGAGAGACUCCGUCGCCGAGUCCCGGAGAAUGAACGUCUAGCCCUAAUCCUCAUCGAAGCAAAGUUCUUCAACGAAAGAGAAGGAUGAUGUGACCAAAGAUGCACCUAUAAGACCUGCCCCUCCAACGAUCUCAAGAUCGUGCUUGGGGAAUUUAACGCCAGGGUGGGCAAAAGGGAUAUAUUUGGCACAGCGGUUGGCAAGUUCAGCAAGCUCCUUACGUACAGCUGCAACCGAAACCGAUGGUUUUCGGAAAUUGCAAAAGAACAGCUGCUUCGAUGAGGAUUGCCGUGUGAAUUCAUGUUUAGUCGACGACUACUAAACCAUGCAGAAAUUUUUUCGGAUUGGUUUCAAGGUGGCAUCCGACAGUUUAGAUUUCAGAUAAGAAUAACCUACACUACGUUUUUCAAGAGUUACCAGUUAUUGGUAUAUCGACUAUUCUUUAGAAGUGCUCGUGAGAAAAGUUCUCCGGGGGAGUUUGGUCCCCUACAAGUUUCCGAAGAGGAAUAUCAGAUUCGGUGGAAUAAUGAGCUGGUGAAGUUUUUUGAAGAUAUGUACAUACAUACUCGUAGUGUGAUGCAUAAUAAUACAUCGACUGCACUGGCUUGGCCAUGUUAUUGUGGUAGGAAACAUUACAGGUCGCAGAAUGUACGAUUUGGUGCCCCCAGGUGGCCGGCGAAAAUGGUCGACCCAAACUUUAAAUCUACAACUGGCGAUUGGGGAUAUCUUAUCGAUGCCGCCAAGUUCGAGAGCCGGUUGUAGAUAAAGUACUUAAAAGAGCUCCCUCGUAGGCUUGCAUUUCAGGCAGCAGUCAGAAAAUUACACACGGAAACACAGAACGCCUUAAUUUUUCGAACUCAAACGAACAAAAGACGAUUAGAAAGAAGCAACAAAUGAAGGAAAACCGAAUUAAGGGAAAACUUUGAAUUUUUCGUAGUAAAUAUUUAAAAAUAAGUUUAUGCUGAAUCUGAGCGUGAUUGCGCCUAAGCGUCAGACACUUAAUUUUAAUAGGAAAAGUUUUGAGAGGCGUUGACAAAAAGUUGGAUGUUUAGAAUUUGUUGUAGUCAUCUUGAAUAAACAUAUGACUUUAUACAUAGUAAUGCGAAGCGGGCUAAACAGGGGUAUACAAUUGGAAUGAGUUAAAAGAAAGUAUAGCGCUUGGCUUUCACAGUCGACUCUACAACUUUUGAUGGAAUGUAUAGUAUUAAUCAAUAUAUAAACAUGAUAUACGUCCACAAUUUUCCGACAUUAAAAAGCCCGGCUUGUGAUCAUAUGCGAGAAUUCGAUAGAGACUCUAUUGAAAGCUAAAAAUAAAAUCAGCUUCGGUAUCCGCAAGACUAGGCGACAAAGCGGCUGUCAAAGUCUAAAUAGAAGAGGCCGACGACGCCAUCCAGCAGCUGAUUAUGAGGCUAUAAGAGAAAAACAAGUUGCCUCGGAAACCUUAACAAUCCGUAUUGUGAGCCCCUUUAUCGCAAAUUGAUUACAGAGCUUUGAAGUUUUUAAUUUCUUUAUAAGAAGUAAAGUAAUUCUACCUAAAUUACUUAUAAAUAAUUUAACGACAAUUUAUUAUCUCUCUUUUUAUAUCUGCUGCUACCCCAUAUAAAUAUUGGGCUAGUUAAGAGUUAAGGGUUUAGUUUAUAUUCUCACGUCAGGCGAAAACGUUUUUAAAGCAAAACAUAACCAAAAUGGACGCCAGAGAUUUAGGAGGAACGUCGUUACUUUAUUCCCCUGAGGACAAGCCGCGUAUUGCUGACUUAUUCGGCGCACAUUUAAUCUUCUUCAAAGCCACUGGACAAAUCCCAUUCAAUGUGGGCUAUGGGCUGGGCUAUAUCUACUGCUGCUUCUUUGUUACGCAAUCCGUCCACAUGGCUGUGCUUUUCUGGAAGACCUCCUACGAUAUGUUACUCAGCGGCAAACUAGAAGAGAUCACCGACGCACUCACCAUGACCAUCAUAUUUUCGUUUAGCGUUUAUGCGGCCUUCUACUGGUUGCUGCGAUUGAAACGUCUAUUGGCUUUUUUGCAGCGCAUCAAUCAAUAUUAUUGGCAUCACUCGUUGCCCGGCUUGAGCUUUGUGAGCGCGUAUCGCCCUUUUAUUUUGGCUAAACGUAUUACUAUUGUGUGGGUGUUGAUCUGUGUGGCCAGUACGGCGCUGUACGGUUUACCUCCACUGAUCAUGGGUGUGCGGGCGCUACCACUGAAGUGCUGGUAUCCCUUUGAUCCGUUGCAACCUUAUGUCUACGAGCUGGUGUAUGCUUUACAAUUUACGGCUCAGUUGAUAAUGGGCGCCACUCUAAGUAAUGGCUCCGCUUUGUUCGUUUCGUUGGUUAUACUCAUGUGUGGACAGUUCGAUGUGCUUUACUGCAGUUUGAAGAACUUGAGUUACUAUGGUCGUUUGCGCGCCCGCUGUGAUGUGGAUAAAUUGCGCAAAGAACAAGCAGCCCUGCCAAAACCUUCCGACGACGAACUGAAUCAGUAUAUGUAUUGCGAAGAACACUUAAGCAACCUAUCGACACUUCAACAUUUAUACACCCAAAAGCCGGCAGCGACGUUACCGGAAGCCCUGCAUUUGGCUGUAGUGCAGUGUGUGCAAUUGCAUCGUUUUAUCCUGGACGUCUGCAAGGAGAUGGAGGAACUUUUUAAUCCUUUUUGCCUUGUUAAAUCGAUACAAGUUACUUUUCAGCUUUGUUUAUUGGUCUUCAUUGGCGUUGUGGGCGAACGUUCGAUAGUGCGCAUUUUGAAUUUGGUUCAAUAUGUGACGCUGACAUUUAUCGAGUUGUUGAUAUUCACUUACUUUGGUGAGUUGUUGCGUGGACAUAGUGUGCGCUGUGGUGAGGCGUUUUGGCGUUCGCAGUGGUGGACCCACACCAUAGCCAUACGUCAGGAUAUACUCAUUUUAUUGGCGAAUAGUAAGCGUGCAGUUCGUCUGACGGCGGGUAAAUUCUAUGCCAUGGAUGUGGAGAGACUGCGCUCGGUGGUCACUCAAGCAUUUUCGUUUUUGACACUGCUACAGAAGUUAGCGGCUAAAAAUCCGAAGUGA